AAACCCACGCACACACUUCAAGACAUCGCAAGCAUAUAAAUAACCCCCAAAAGAGCCCGGAAAAGACUCUAAAAGUGGCGUAAAUCGGCACCUUCUAGAGGCAUAUAAAGCUUGCGCAUCCCGAUCCUACUUUGUUGCUGGACGGCGUAAAUUUGCUCUUUUCGGCCGUUCUUGGAUUAAGACCAACAUGCCUCUCGCAAAAGAUUUACUGCAUCCCUCACCCGCUGAGGAGAAGAAGAAAUGCAAGCUCAAACGCCUUGUGCAGCACCCUAACUCCUACUUCAUGGAUGUUAAGUGCCCUGGCUGCUUCAAGAUUUCCACAGUUUUCUCCCACGCCCAGACAGUAGUAGCAUGUGUAGGCUGUGCAACAGUUCUAUGCCAGCCUACUGGUGGGAAGGCUAAGCUUACAGAUGGAUGUUCAUUCAGAAGGAAGCAGAACUAAGAGGGGAGAAAGUGCACCUCCCAGUGUAGACUAAAUAUCCUGUCGCUAUGUAACCUUGACAGCAUUAAAGAUCCCACUGAGAGGUUUA